UAAAGCAGUUUACAUUUCCAUAGCUGCGCAUUUUAUUAUUCCGUCUGGAGCUAAAGCAUUUCAAUCAAUACAACUUUCCUUCGAUACUUUGCCAAGUUUUUAUCAUCUAAUACACUAAAACUACCAGAGAAUAAACUAGAUUAAUAUGAGAAGGACUUUCGGGGAAUACCCACGUGGCUUAUUUUAUUUGUCUGAUGAAAAAUUUGUGAAAACCAAGCUUAAAAAACAACGAAAAAUCCAUCCGCUGGAUACCUACAAAUUCUGCAUUCCUUCAGUAUUUCCGCAAUCAGUUGAUUUUGAGAAGAAUAACCUGCCCAUUGAGUUUCAAGUGACACCCGAAAGGCUACUCAAUUUAGCUGCGAGAGUAGUGGAUGCAUUGCCUUUGCCGAAUGUUUACGAUUGGACCAAUGCGGAUGUCUGCAAGUGGAUACGUCAAUAUGGUUAUCCACAAUAUCAGAAUACCUUCCGUGUAAACCUGAUUACUGGCCGUAAAUUGCUGUUGGUGGAUGCACAAGCACUCUCAGCGAUGAAUAUAAAAGAGUUCAAUGAAGUCAAGCACAUCGCCUACGGUAUUCGUCAGCUAUUCUUCUAUGAGAUGACGAAAUAUAUGCGAAGCAUUUCUUUGCCUCCUGAAUAUUAUUAUGAACUCUUUAAAUUGUUUAAGGUAUCGAUCAGACCGAGUUAUGAGGCUGUCCGACGCUCUGAUCUCUGGCGCCAACUUCAAUUGUUGCGAGAGAGAAGUAAGCCCACUUCUCACUGGGAUUUGCUUGAACGUUGGUUGUCCGGUCGACACGAUGCCGUUGAAUUGAUAGGUGGCGCGCCACGCUACAAGCUGUAUCCCUGCAAGACAGGAAAGACACUACCUCCUGCUAGUCCUAAACCAAAAAUGCGAUGCAUUUGCCGGUCACCUUGUCAAUGUGCAGAUGCACUUCCUCAGAAACCGACGAUACUGCAAUCAUUGACGCGAGAUCGCAAGUCAGUUACAAUUACGCAAAGUGUUUGUGGCGCCAAAUGUUUGCCGCCGCCCUGCACAUGCAACUGGCCGUACAACUUUUACAAAUUCAAUGAAGUUCUGAGCUGCUUGCAGCAUUCAUUUCCGCAUAAAUAUGAUAAACGAAAUGAUAGGUUAUUCGCCCAUGAAAGCAUUAGCAUUGCAGCCCAUAGGGGUUCUCAAUUUUCUACAAUAACAGCGAGACUUAAAUAGAUGCAGAAAUAGGAGGAAUUUAAAAACAAAAAAUUUUUUUUUAAUUUUUUUUUUUUUGUUAAAUAAAGUCAUAUGGCUUUCGGCGGCAACAAAACCACUUGAACAACUCGUGCACACGCAGAUUCUAUUAUAAAUACCAGAUUCUGUCAGCAAUUCAUCAGGACCAGAAAUGUAUCUACCAACGUCCGAAGUUCGUAACUGCGCGAAUGUUUUUUCUUCCGACGGCCGAUUUGAAGGUUUCAACUUAAACA